AUGCCCAGCGACAAGACCAUUGGAGGCGGAGAUGACACCUGGAUGAGUGACGCCUUCAAUACCUUCUUCUCAGAGACGGGUGCGGGCAAGCACGUCCCGCGCUGCGUCAUGGUGGACUGGAGCUCAGAUCUCGAGCCGACCGUCGUGGAUGAGGUCCGCACCGGCACGUACCGUCAGCUUUUCCACCCGGAGCAGUUGAUCUCUGGCAAGGAGGACGCGGCAAACAAUUUCGCACGCGGACACUACACGAUCGGGAAGGAGAUUGUUGACCUGGUGCUCGACAGGAUCCGCAAGUUGGCCGACAACUGCACUGGCUUGCAGGGCUUCUGCGUGUACAACGCCUGCGGCGGAGGCACCGGCUCCGGCUUGGGCUGCUUGAUGCUUGAGCGCCUGUCCGUGGACUACGGAAAGAAGAGCAAGAUUUCCUUCACGGUCUGGUGCUGCCCCCAGGUGGCAACAGCAGUGGUCGAACCGUACAACACGGUCCUGUGCGUCCACUCCUUGUUGGAGCACACAGAUGUGACGAUCAUGUACGACAACGAGGCGCUUUAUGACAUUUGCCGCAGGAACUUGGACAUUGAGCGCCCGACCUACACGAACCUGAACCGUCUCAUUGCCCAGAUCAUCAGCUCCCUCACGGCCAGCCUUCGCUUCGACGGAGCCUUGAACGUCGACAUCACCGAGUUCCAGACGAACCUGGUGCCCUACCCGCGCAUCCACUUCAUGUUGACGUCCUACGCCCCGGUCAUCUCCGCAGAGAAGGCCUACCAUGAGCAGCUCUCCGUGGCCGAGAUCACGAUGUCCGUCUUUGAGCCGGCUUCCAUGAUGGUCAAGUGCGAUCCCCGACAUGGGAAGUACAUGGCCUGCUGCAUGAUGUACCGUGGCGACGUGGUGCCCAAGGACGUGAAUGCCGCAGUGGCCACCAUCAAGACCAAGCGCACCAUCCAGUUCGUGGAUUGGUGCCCGACAGGCUUCAAGUGCGGCAUCAACUACCAGCCGCCAACCGUGGUCCCAGGUGGAGACCUGGCCAAGGUCAUGCGCGCGUGCUGCAUGAUUUCGAACUCCACCGCCAUCGCGGAAGUCUUCUCGCGCAUCGACCACAAGUUCGACUUGAUGUACUCGAAGCGCGCCUUCGUCCACCACUACGUCGGCGAAGGCAUGGAGGAGGGCGAGUUCUCCGAGGCCCGCGAGGACCUGGCGGCCCUGGAGAAGGAUUACGAGGAGGUGGGCAUCGAAACUGCCGAGGGAGAAGGUGAGGAAGAAGGCUACGGAGACGAGUUCUGA